AUGUUUGACGAAAGCCAGCCGCCAUCCCCUUCGAGUGCAUUGGUCGCACUUGCUCCGUUAGACCCUGAAUGGCAGCCAAUUUUACACGUUUCCAACCAAGUCGUGCUUUAUAACCCAACCUCACAUGCGCUGUCCAUCCGCAAACAUUCUGGAAGUGGUCUUGAGCGCCGCGAUGCAGGCAGCCGCUGUCCGUAUUGUCACCGUUUUAUACACACGGAUGGGAAUGACGAAGAGGAUACCUCGGGGGAUAGCGACGUAGACGACUUUGAGGAUGAGCUGUGGCAGCAUCCACGUAGUCGUGCGUCCAACUACUUCCAGCUCCUGGAAAUUGCAAACGAGACCGCCUCACGGCCGGCUUCACCUCCUGGCACGCGGACAAGAACGAUCCCAAAUGGUGGGGAGAGUAGCCAGGCUGGCGCGUUUCGCGCAAACAACAUGGCUGAAGGAUACUUCAAGGCAUUCUUCAAGGAGGAGUGUAGACUUGGUAUGGGCGCAAACGGUUCGGUAUUUCUUUGCCAACAUGUUCUCGAUGAAAACCCUUUGGGUCACUUUGCUGUGAAGAAGAUCGCCGUCGGCCAGUCGCACGCGUAUCUGCUCAACAUCUUGCGCGAGGUCCGCUUAUUGGAAAGGCUACACCACCCAAACAUCAUCACAUACCACCAUGCGUGGUUGGAGACGUGCCAGUUUUCAUCGUUCGGCCCCCAAGUGCCCACUCUGCAUGUGCUCAUGCAAUGGGCCGAAGGCGGCAGCUUGGACGAGUUCAUUGACGCGCGACUUGGGCGCAGCUCUGCUACUCAUUUUCCACAUAUCCACUCUUCUUCGGGGACAGCAUCACCCGUGGGAUCGCCUGCAGCUGAGGUCUCCCCUCCACACAAUCCACAGUCUCGGACAGCCAGAAUACGUGCGUUCCGCGCGCUCCAGCGAGCGCCACCCGACGAGCGUGAGCGUCUUCGGCGCGAGCUAGGUCUUACAAGCGAUGUCGGUGGCAUCGGCCAUAAGCCCCCGGACCUGAAGGCGGUACAUCUUCUCAGUGCAGAGGAGGUGAGGAGCCUCUUUGGAGACGUUGUUUCUGGGCUCGCGUUUCUGCACGAGAAGUCCAUUCUACAUCUUGAUCUGAAGCCAGGGAAUGUCCUGCUCACAUGGGAUGAGGGACAAUUGAUCCCCCGAGCCAUGCUAUCCGAUUUUGGUACAUCUCAAGAUAUGCUUAAGUCUCGGGCCCGCUCUGGCAAUACUGGCACUCUGGAGUACUCUUCGCCGGAAUCGCUACCCUCCCCUACAGGCAUCCUCAUGCAGGUGGAUUCCAAAUCCGACAUGUGGUCCGUCGGCAUGAUCUUGCACAAGCUUUUGUUCUUCCGCCUGCCGUACCCACACGCAUCCGACGGCUCAGCAAACGACCAGAGGGACGAAAGAGAUACGGCGGAUAUGCUGGAGAGCGAGGUGCAGACGUACGCUGGAUUUAAGUCGACGAACGCUCUGGUCACCGCUUUCGAGUCACGCCGGCUCCCGCGAGCGUACCUCGUCCUGCUCGAGAGCCUGCUGAACGUCACGCCCCCCGCACGCCCGUCUUCUGAGCGCGUGCUCGCGGCAAUUCGGGAAGGCCGACUCGACCCUCUACCAUUAGAUACAGGGGCCCAGCGUAGUUCCAGUAUCUCGCUCGUGCCCGUUGCGCUGCGGCGCGUCUUCACGCCCCCCGUGUUCUUCACCGAGACCGUCAGCGAGAGCCCGGACUUGCAUGCCAGCGUCUCACAGGAGCCAGAUAUCAGCGUGACGGAUCCGCCUGCACCCACGAGCGAGAAGGGGAAGGUUCCGCUGCUCGAUUCUGCGCCAUCCGUCCCUCCCAGCACGAGCGGGGUGUGGGCGCGGACGGUUCAUGUUGGUGGAAGACAGCUCCAUGUGCGGAUUCCGCGCGUGUUGUGGCUGCGCACGGUCAAGUCUUGCGUGCUGGUGCUGAAGGUGCUCGACGUUGCACGCAUGUGUCCGAAUGCGCGCCCUCAUCCGCUGUUUUCGGCGGCCGUCCUCGGGCUUGCGGUAGUGGAUACGUGGUUCGAUGGCUUCGUGCCCACGCUCGUCUUCGGGGCGCUGCAUGUCGGACUCGUGCGAUUGGCGGGCCAGGAUAGGAGGUGGUGCGCAUGA